AUGGCUGAAAAGAAGAAGGGACGCAAGCGGUCCAAGAUCAAGCGUUGGCUGAGAAGCUGGGUCUUCACUCCGCUGGGCAACGUGAAGAUCAAGCUGAUCAACAAGGUAGAGCGGAAGCGUCGAAGCAUUCCGGACUGGGAUUUCAAACGGAUCGUUUCUGGGGCUCUCACUGAUCGAUAUCCGUGUCGCUUCUUUCGGGGCCGCAAUGAUCGCCAGGCAUCGAGCCCAGGAAAGAGCGUUUCGCCCGAGACGGAUUAUCCCCAUAAUCCCGGUGGAAGUUGGCGAGGGGAUGAACAUUGUGUGCUGAGGAUCAUGAAUCCGGACAUGUCUGUUUCGAGUAGUGAAGAUGGGAAGUCUGGGGAAUUAGGCCCUAUUUCUGUAUUUCAAGUUGAUAGGAAUGUGUACGAACUCUCUGCACUUGAGGCAAUGAGUCCAGACUUACCUGCUGAGUUAAGUGGUGAAGAAAAGCAACGUGGGCAGUCGCAUUCCGUUUUGGCCGAGUCCGAUGUUGGGAUGGUCAAUCUUUCGGUUGAAGAGCUGGCUCCUCUACUCCCUGCUUUGUAUUUCAUACAUCAACCCGAUCCACCGUUAUGCUGUCUUAUCACAGCAGCUCUUCGAGACUGCAGUUCACCAGUUCUUUUCGAGAACGGUAUCUGCUCCUAUGCACACUCCUCACACGGUAUUGAACCAGUGAUUCAACAUAUACCCUCAUCAGAUAUGCCACGAUCAUCCAUCAAAAGGGCCCAGCCCCGAAUGACCGCCACGGAAUUCCUCAUCCGGCAGACACAGAGAAAGGGAGAUGCCAUCGUGAACAACCGGUAUAUCUCGCCGUUUGCUCCCUUACGCCAACCACUCAUCACUCGGAAAAAGUGCAAUGUCAUCGCCAUCAAGCGGAACGAUGCCCUUCUCCGCCGUAAAAUCCUAAAUGGCCCCUUACCUCCUCUAUCUUCUUCGACAUCCUGCUCCAACCAAGCCACUACCUCAUCCACUCCCCGCUCUUCGCCUAGUCCAGCAAUCGAUGAUCUUCCACAGUAUCCUGACCGACCAACGUCGAUGUGCGGUGGCUGUCUAGCAGGACGACACCGUGCUCUCCACAGUCAUCCCUACUAUCGUGGUGACAACAGCGCCCAAUUUGGAAAUCCCCCGCUCCCAUACCCACUUAGCCCCCGAGAACUAUCCCGUCUUGAGAUUGACGUUGACGGGUUUCCAACUUCCCUUAGGGCUGGUCCUCAGUGCAGGCACUGCUCGACCCGUCGGUCUGGGCUCAUCUCUCCCCCAGUGUUGGUUGGUCCUCGGGCGUUGAAUCGUGUCUCCUCCUCCUUCUCAGAUACCGCACCUGGCUCGCCUUUGGCUGGUCCUGUAGGCGACAACAGCCUCUAUGCUACCUCUGCAGGGGACUUGACCUUGGUUAUCGACACUGAUCGCAUCUACGAGAGUGUGGGUUCAUCUGGCUUGGAGAUGUGUCUAAUUGCUGGAUCGGCUGCACAAAAACGCAGGUACCGUUGA